GAAUAUAUUAUUAUAAUAUUCGGCAUCUUAUAAUAAGCACACAAAUCUACAUUGCCGGAUCUCAUAUUACACCAAAGUCUUUCCCAAACACUUUGGUUCUACCGCACUAAUUUCUGCAUAAGAUGUGGAUCGAUCAAGGUAAAAUCUCUUCUUUUCUCCAAUCUUUGUUUGAGUAUCAAAUCAAAUCAGAAAGUCGGGGGAAAAUGGAGUGUGAUGAAAUGAACAACUUCAUCAAGGUAUGGCUUUCAGCCUUGGUUUCUUUAUCUUAUUGCUAUGUUAUGAGUAAAAUAAUCUCAAAAGGUCCCAAAAGACUCAUCUUUUUUCUCCCAAUAAUGUGCCUCUUUAUCUUUCUCCCUCUCAAACUCAAUUACAUCAAUCUAGUUGGUGCAACUGGCUUCUUCCUUUCAUGGCUUGCAAACUUCAAACUCUUACUCUUAGCUUUCAACAAAGGCCCCUUAGCUUCAAACCCACCAAUCUCUUUUGGUCGUUUCAUUGUCAUAGCUUCUUUCCCAAUUGAGAUCCGAGAAAACAACACAACCAUAAACCAAAACAAACAAAACCCAUUUCAGAAAAACCUUAAACCAACCAUCAAUUUCACAGUAAAGACUCUUCUUUUGGCGAUUCUGAUUCGAGUAUGUGAUGACAAAGACCAAAUUAACCCCAAUGUCCUUUUGGUUCUUUACUCUUUUGCCGUGUAUCUCAUUCUCGAGACCAUAUUAGUCAUCGUGGCCACCUUGGUUCGAGUCAUGGCUGGACUUGAGCUCGAGCCACAGUUCAACGAACCAUUCCUCUCGACCUCACUACAAGACUUCUGGGGAAGAAGGUGGAACCUCAUGGUAACGCGUAUACUGCGCCCCACCGUAUUCGAACCCACUCUCAGAUUCUCUUCAACCUUGCUAGGGCUCAACUACAAGUGGGCUGCACUCCCUGCUGUCAUGGCAACUUUUGUAGUGUCUGGUUUGGUUCACGAGCUCAUUUACUUCUACAUGGCUCGCACGUCUCCCACGUGGGAGGUGACGUCAUUCUUUGUCUUGCAUGGAUUGUGUUUGACGGUCGAGAUUGUUUUGAAGAGGGCUUUGAGUGACAGGUGGCGGCUGCCCAGGUUGGUGUCUGGAGCGUUGACUAUUGGGUUUGUGAUGUUGACCAGCUUUUGGUUGUUUUUUCCUCAACUCCUUCGGUGCAAGGCUGAUGUUAGAACACUCCAAGAGUAUAUAAAUUUGGGAAAGCUUUUGGGAAAGAUGGUCAGUCAAAGUUACCAUUUUUUGACUAAGUUUCACUCUCAACAAUAGAUGACACUUAGGUAUGUAUUUAAAGGAAAAUUUAAAAAUUGUAUGUUAAUUAUCAAUUUUAUGAUACAAAAUUCAAUAAAAAAAUAUAUAUGUUCUGUGGU